GGCACACGAACGCUGGCGUCAUCACCUCGACUAUCUCAUCACCAUACUCGGAUCAAGCAUCGCAUCCGGUGUCUUUAUCAAGUUUCCGUAUUUCUGUAUGCGAAAUGGGGGAGGAGCUUACAUAAUUGUGUUCACCAUCUUCACCAUCCUUGCCGCCAUUCCGUGUGUAUUCCUGGAAAUGGUCAUUGGCCAGUUUUCUCAAGGAGGCCUUAUCAAAGUCUGGAACCUUUGUCCUCCAUUCAAAGGUAUUGGAAUUGGCAUAGUAAUAUCAACCUGGCUCUAUAACUGUUACUACAACGUGAUCUUCUCCUGGUUCCUGUUCUACAUGUUCAAGUCGUUCUCCUCCAUCCUUCCCUGGUCAAACUGUGACAACUCCUGGAACACUCCAGCAUGUGUAUCUGGCGACACCGUCGUCGGUCUGACGUACACCAACGUCACUAACGUCACUGAAAACGCUAUAAGUGGAGGUACUCCGAACUUCACUAACAUCACUGUUCCUGGAAUGACUGCUGCAGAAGAGUUUUGGAGAUUCCACGUUUUGGAAAUCACUGAUGGUCUGGAUUACCUUGGUGGUAUAAGAUGGCCUCUUGCGGGGUGCCUGGCCUGUACGUACGUCAUCGUAUACCUGUGCGUGUUUAAAGGGAUUAACGUGUCAGGAAAGAUCGUCUACGUCACCGUGGGCAUCCCCUACAUCCUGGUGACGGUCUUCCUCAUCCGGGGAUGUCUACUUCCGGGCGCAAUGGACGGGAUUUACUUCUACAUAUACCCACAAUUUGAAAAACUUCAAGACCCCAAUAUAUGGAUAGAGGCCUGUAGAUUCUCACUGUUCUCGAUGGGUAUUGCAAUGGGAUAUAUCAUUACGUUGUCUGGCCACAACAAAUCUAAUAACAACUGUUUCAGGGACGCCAUCGUCGUAUGUUUUGUGGAUUUGUUUUCUACAAUUUUCGUCGGAUUUUCCUUCUUUGCAAUCGUUGGCCACGUUGCCUUCAAAAGUGGAGUAACUGUUGAAGCAUUCGAAUCAUCAGGAUUCAACCUUGGAUUUAUCGUCUUCCCCGAAAUCCUGACUUACCUCCCCUUGCCGCAGCUGUGGUCUGUAUUGACCUUUGUGAUGUUGAUGGCACUGGAAAUUGAUUCAAUGGUGCCUACAGUGGAUAUACUGAUGGAAGCGUUUGGGGAUAUUUUCCCCACAAUAGCCAGGAGACGUCGGCUAGUUAUUGCUGGGAUUCUGUUGAGCAAUUUCCUCAUGGGCAUCAUGCUUAUCACACAGGGUGGCAUCUACGUACUGACGCUGUUUGACUGGUAUGCCUACUUCCCCUCUCUUGCUCUCUACGCCACGUUGGAGUGCGUUGUGGUUGGCUGGUUUUAUGGCAUACAGAGACUUAAAGGUAACAUCAGCGUCAUGUGGGGGAAAAGUGCUCCAAGGAUCAUCAUGAUUGCAAUCCGAUUCAUCUGCCCUGUGUUGCUGAUGAUCGUCUUCUGCUAUUCGCUUUAUUCGUACCGGCCUCCUAAGUACGGAGACUACAUCUACCCUGCUUGGGCCACAGGUCUGGGAUGGGCGAUAUCAAGUGCAUCAAUCCUUCCAUUCCCGGUGGUGUUUCUUUGGACUGUAUACCAGACUCCAGGAAGUACACUAAAAGAGAAAUUGCGCACGUCACUGACGCCAAACAGACAAUGGCACCUUCAGUCUGCAGAGGACUCCCCAGGUGACGUCGCGCUGGAGAUCUGCACAAAAUUCCACGAUGAGAACGACGACGAAAACGUUGAGGACAGGGGGCAAAAAGACCCAAAAAGGGGGCUUUUGUCCGUGGAUGCAGACAAUGCUGAGACUGAAAGUUGAAGAUAUUGACGUUCAGUCAAACUUCAGAUAUGCAGUCAUGCAUAUAGGCUGA